AUGAAUACCCAGAUGAGCUUGACGGGCGCCCGUAAUCGUCGACCCACUCUUUACGGUGAUGCAGCAUUGGCUGGGUUUGAGCGCCCUCCAUCGGUCACUGAAGCAGCUCAUGCAGGACAUAUGGAAUCUGAGGAAUUCGAGGGCGACUACUCGAAAAAGUUUGCUGGUGGAAAGAACACGAAUCAAGCAAAUGGAGUGAAAGGGUCCAUGGGGAAAUUCAUCAAUGGAGUACAGGGUGCGAUCGAUUCUCGUCGAGGAAAAGGCGUACAUAUGACAAUCCGAGAAAUGUUCGUUUUUCUCCUCUUUCUGCUCAUCCUUUGCAUAAUUGCCUUCGCCUCGACCUCAUCAUCGACCUAUUAUUUCACCUCUGCAAUGCAAUCAUUGUUCGUGAAUUCGCAGAAUCAAGACGGACAAACGUUCGAAGAUGUGACCAAAAUGGAUGAUAUUUGGGCUUACAUGAACACUCAACUGGUGAACGGUUUGUAUGCGACAAAUGAUUGUGAAACGAUUGAUGGAAAUUCCACCUAUGGGUUCAUUUGUGGAGGAGAAGGAGUUGAUGGGAAUAGCACACAAAUGGGAAUGGUUUACUAUGAGAAUAAAUUGUUGGGACGACCGAGGAUUCGGAUGUUGAAAGUGACGAAUAACUCGUGCACAGUUGUGGAUCCAUUCGUGAGAGAAAUCAAGGAAUGCUUUGCACCAUAUACAGAAUCGAAAGAAGAUCACGAAGACAUUGCGGUCACAAAUGCGACUGGCUUUGAUCAGCAAGAUUAUCAAGCGUUUGUCUAUAAUAUCUUCUCAUGGCAAUCGGCGAAAGAUCUGAGCACGGGGACGAUCUACGGCCAGAUGGGAACAUACGGCGGAGGAGGAUUUGUGGCAUUGCUACCACUUAACAACAUGACUGAGGCAAACACUCGAAUCAAUCACCUUCUCUACAAUCGUUGGAUCGAAAGGGGAACGAGGGCGAUUCUCGUCGAUUUCUCCCUUUACAAUGCAAAUAUCAAUCUGUUUUGCGUGUGCCGAUUGCUGUUUGAGCUACCCGCUACUGGUGGUGUCAUUCCAACAGCCAAUUUCGAGACUCUCCGUUUGAUCAGCUACGUGUCAACCUUUGAUUAUUUUGUUCUGGCAUGUCAAGGAGUCUUCACAGCGUUCACCCUUUUUCUCGUCUUUGAGGAGCUAUUGGAGAUUAUGAAGUGGCGCUUGCGAUACUUUGAGAGUUUCUGGAAUAUCAUCGAUAUCAUCGUGAUAUCGCUCUCAAUUGUGACGAUCAUUCUCUUUCUGAAUCGAAUUCGGAUCUCCGAGAUGCGCGUGAACGAGCUGAUGAAUGGCAAUCUCGAGGUGGCUAGUUUGGACGAUGUGGUCACCGCGAACAACAAUUACAGCUAUUUCCUCGCCGUCCUUCUCUUCUUCUCGUGGAUGAAAAUCUUCAAAUACAUCAGCUUCAACAAGACAAUGUCCCAACUAUCAGCAACUCUCUCUCGAUCGGCAAAGGAUAUCGGUGGAUUUGCUGUUAUGUUUUUUAUCUUUUUCUUUGCCUAUGCCCAAUUUGGAUAUCUUUGUUUUGGGACACAGAUCCAAGACUAUUCCACUUUCUACUCGGCCGUUUUCGCACUUUUGCGAACGAUUUUGGGAGAUUUCGAUUUCCACGCCCUCGAGAGAGCCAAUCGUUACCUUGGACCAACCUUUUUCAUCACUUAUGUCUUCUUCGUUUUCUUCGUCCUUUUGAACAUGUUCCUUGCUAUCAUCAAUGAUACCUAUGUUGAAGUUAAACAAGAGCUCGAGAAACAGAAAAACGAUUUCGAAAUGGCUGAAUUCUUCAAAGCGAAAUUCUAUCGUGUUCUUCGUUUUUUGAAACUCUCGAAGAAAGGGGAGACACCCGAUGUGUCCGAUUAUUCCAAAUGGAGAGCUCAACUUGUUCGCCGUGGUUUCUCAGAUGAUGAGAUCAACGAUAAGUUCAUCAAAUUCAGCAUUGACGAGGGAUCGGUGAAAAAUGCGGAUGAAGUGGAGAAAUUGAACCGUCGAAUCGAUCACAUCGAGAACUCAAUUGGACGUAUUUUGACUGAUGUGACCCUGAUCUUGGAGAGAUUCGAGGAGAUCGAGGAGAGGAAAGUUCUCGCGAAAGAACAAGAGAUACAACUAUUGCAUCAAGUGAACAUUUUCGACUAUAUUAAA